AUGCUUGUCGCCAACUUCACCAACGACUCUCAUGGUGACGGCUUUGCCUUCUACCUCUCCAACCUCGACUACCAGAUCCUUAUUGGUCGCACCGGCAGUGCCAUGGGCAUCGCCUUGAACAUGUCCCUCAACUCCUCCUCCAGCCCAUUUUUCGCAAUCGAUUUUGACACCUUCGCCAAUGAAUGGGAUGUCCCGCACGAGGAACACGUCGGCAUCGACAUCAACUCCACCAUCUCUGUUAAAACUACUCUCUGGAUGGCAACAUCUUUGAUGCACGUCGAUUGA